AUGGUACAUCGCGUACUCGAAGGCCUCCGAGACGAUGCCUUUGAUCUAGCGCGAGACAUGGGCGUUGAGGCCCUGACAGCACCUGGAGGGCUGCGCCGUUACAUCGCGAAGCUGCGCGAGAUGGUGUUUCCGCGCGCUGCGGAAGAAGCCAGAGAGCUCUUCCGCGUGGGACAGAGGCCUGGUACCCUGUCACGCCAGUCCGGCGAAUCGAUGCUGUCGUACGAGUCCCUGGUCAUUAAGGCAUGCACCAAAGACCCAAAGGGCUUUGAGUCCGUUGCCGAGACCCUGGUCGAGCACUACACCGGCGUGCACCUGAAGGAAGGCCGAGCCCUGGGAGGCUCAAUGCCCUCAGCAAAGGGUACCGGAAGGACCCCCUUCUACAAGGGCAAAGGAAAAGGGAAAUCUCGAGGAUUCCCUCGAAGAGCCUACGCCGCCUUCGACGACGAGAUAGCCGAAGAGGAGUACCCAGAGGAGGACUCCCAUGAGCCCCUCGACUACAUCCCCGAGGCCUACCAGCGCCGAGACAAGCUGAAGGCGCUGAAGGCCAAGUCGAAAUGCUUGCGCUGUGGCGGAACAGGACACUGGGCAGGCGACCCAGAGUGCAAGUUCCCUGCGGGAACUGGCAAGUCCGGUGGAAAGGCCGCCAACGUAGCUGUCAUAGCACGUGCGGACCUGAGCCGCCCCGACGGAUUUGACAUACCGUCUGGCACACCGGACAUAGACCCAUCGGGCUAUGUUGUGCGCGCCACAGCUGGUGCAGUCUCUAAGGCAAAGAGCAAGGCUGCAGCAUCAGGGUACCCAACGGGACCCACGCCAAUUUCGAUGGAGAUGGAAGGUGGAGAUAGGAAGUUCUACCUCGGUCAGCGCCGAGGAAAGACCUAUGCUGAAGUGGCGUCGAACGCUGAGUACGUCACCUGGGCCCAGCUCCAGACGAACCCAAGCCGCCAACUCCAAGACUUCCUGGCCUGGUUCUCGAGGUACUACACCAUCCAGAACGGCGAGGUGGUCACACGAGCUGGCGAAGGUCUUCCCGAGGGACACUAUGGAUGCAACGACUUCUCGCACCUCGGCUCGACCAUGAACAUUCUCAGGAAGACGUGCCGGGAUUGUGGUAACGUGAGCCAAGAGCCGCGUCAGAUUACCUACACGCACGACCCGGCGACCUGUCCCCAUGAUGUGGUGGAUCGUAGAGGCAGUUCACGAUCGGUUUCCCGCACGUUCUGCAAGCAGUGCGGAACCUUCGUUGACGAGGUCCCUGCCGACUUCCAGAAGGAGAGAAGGAAGGCUGCAGAGCAGGCCUUGGCAGCCACGGAAGAGGCCCUCUCCAUGAUCCAGUACACCACCUCGGAAGAUGCGACCCGGGAACUCAACUCCGACGAAGUCGAGCCCGUCCUCAGCAUCUUCACCGACGACAUCAUGGAAUCGAUGGCUAUGGGGAUCAGUAUGACCCCGAAUGUCAUGCAUGGUCGACUCAAGGAAGCGAUCAGCCGAAGUCGUAUGCCCAGCAACGACGAACCAAGCCCAGGGGGUAGUCCUGACUCUUGGGCGAGAGUUGCACAUGUUGGAGUCAUCGACCCAACAAUCCUUUCCAGAGAAGAAAAUGUCCUGGAAAGAUGGAAGAGGAUCGCCCGUGACCUCUUCUCUGAGCACAAGAAGGAACUCUACUUCGACUACGAGCUCUACUACCUGGACGGUGGACUGCAGCAAGGGCGAUCGGAAGACGCUCAAAGAGGACGAUCUGGAGACGUCCUCCUCCUCAACAAGGUUAAUCCCGACUUGCUUUUUCUGGAUCCUCUGGACCAGGGAGCCAUGGUGGAAAGGACAGCGAAGUGGCGCCCCACGAACGACGACGUCAACAUUAGGGGAGCCAAUCCGCGGAUCACGAUUUUGACCGCGGGGAUCAAGUACUACGUCGGCCCCGACGAGAACUGGUGGCAGGACAAGUUCAAGCAGCCUGGGACUUGGCGGCCCUGGCUUGACCCGAAGUUCCAGGCGAAGCACCUCUACGUCUACGACCUCAGGAACAUCGGCAAUCCAGGUGAAGGCAGGUAUGGUGGAUGCUUGGGGCGCCGCCCGGAGAUCAUCAAGCAGUUCCUCGGCAACCGCAACGGGGUAAUGCACCUUUAUAGGGCAUUACAGGAUAUCGACUCCACUCCGGAGAACGAGAACAUCGUCAUCCUUUCUUCUGCACCUCGAACAGGUCAGUGCGUGAGAUGUGGCGAGAGAUUCGAUCAGAAGACGAUCUUGGACGUGGGCGCCAUGGCCACCAACUACCUUAAGGGAGUUGAGCUCGGCGAAGGCUAUGGCGACCAUGGGACCGGCUGGCUCAUGGGUGACGGGGAGCCUGCGGCCCCCGGAGCCGGUAGGUCCACCACCACCUGGUCACACUGCGCCUCCUUUGCCCCCGCCGACUACACCGCACCCGGACGUCGCGGCAGCCAUUCCGGCGCCCGCUACACCGCCAGCUACACCGUCGACGCCCGCUGCACCGAGUAUACCCCGAAGGUCACGGCGACUAAGUCGCCGCCGGCAGUGGUGCUCAAGGCCACGGAUGAUUUGAGCUACUGGCGUGACCGCUGCAUCCGCAUCGAGGCCAUCCACGGGGUGAAGGAGGAGUCGUGGCAGCAGCAGAAGGAGAGACUCGAGGCAGAGUCCCGAGUUGACAAGCAGACCAUCACGGAGCUCAACACCGAGAACAAGAAGCUUUUGUCUCGAGCCAUUACGGCCGAGACCGAGUUGGACGUCGAGCGUAAGCGCCGAGAGCGACAGGGCUCGGUCGGUCAGCCCAUGGCUCUGGAAGCCGUGUUCCCUCGGAACCGCCGAUCAAGGAAGAGCCUGGUGAGGAAGGCAGUCAAUGAGGACAUUCAGGGCGGCGACGACGACGGCAAGGAGGAGUUCCCCAGCUACUUCCAGAACGUUGAUGGCAUGGAGGGUCCAACGCCGCAGACCCCAUGGGCUGCGAACUUGAGUUUCAACGAUCUUAAGACGUUGAUGAACAACUUGUACAUCGAGGCCGACCGCGUGUACCCGAAGAACGGCUGGGUUGGCCCCGUCGAGAGGAGCAAGCCCGCGACGGAGGUUCUCAAGCACAACCUCCGCUACUGGACAUUCCCAUGCCAGCGCCGUAUCACCCACAGGUGGGAUAAGGCCUUGAGGAGUUUCAGGAAGUCUUCGCUCCUGUUCCACGCUGCGACUGGAAAGGCAACGAUCCUUCAGGAGGACGUUGCGAUGGGCGCCCCGAUGGCGACCCUGGGUGACCGCGAUCCCGAGGACGUGUAUGUCAUCGUAGCCCGUUCCUCGGAGCGUGAGGGAGCCCAAGGCCCCUUUCUGCCCCGGCAUUCCACGUACCACGGGACGCCAAGCGCACCAGGGCAAGGGCGCCGCCACGACGCAAGCAGGCGUGGCAGAAGCAACAGCCGCACGCGGCCGUUCGCCAGACCGCACUACUCGCAGUUCGAUCGGCGAUACACAGACCGCUCUGACAACGGCUUCAACACCUUCGACACCGGAGUGAACGCAGAGGUUGGAUGGACGGCAGAAGGGAUUCGGCGAACUCUUCAGGGAAGCAGCCCGAGUGUUAUUGUUGUUGCGAUUGAGUAUCGGGAUGAUUGUUUGAAUCACAGCGAAUUGAUGGAUGAAGUUGUUUCGCAUUGUGAGUGUUCAGGUUCUGAGUUUCUGGUGAUUGAUGUUGCAGAUACUGAGAGAUGGAGUUACUUUUCGAUUCCCAUGUACCCCGAGUUGGGACAUGGAGACAUUUCGUAUGUGACAAACAGCGAAGAUUUAGCCUCAGCAUUUGAAGGAUGGUGCAACGGGGGAUUCCCAUAUGUACCCCCGAAAGGAAUGCGUGAUGUGUUCGACAAUGAAUUUGCGAACUGGUUGAUCGAGUAUGUCACCGAUCAAACGGCCAUUGCGUUGGUUAGCACGUCCUACCCAGCAUGGGAGGAUACCGAGAUGGAGCCCCUCGACAGCGUCGAGGACGUCGAGGACCGAGCACAAAUGGACCCGGGUGAAGAGGCCAUUCAAGAAGAUCUCGAGCUUGAUGAAGCCGAGAUUCCGAACCUACCUAUUCAGGAGGCGGAACGACGAGCCGGAUGGAAGAAGCUACCUCAGCGCAUCAGGGUAGCGAUCCGUCGGCUGCAUCGCCAGUUUGGUCAUGCUCCCAGGAAGGUGCUCAUGAACCUUCUCAGAGCUGCGAAGGUUGAUCCGCAGUACCUUGAAGGACUGCGAUACCACAGAUGCAUCGAGUGUGAGGAGACGAAGCCAAGAAGGAAUGCCCACACGACAUCCUUGCCCGGCGCCUACGUGUUCAACCACACCCUCGGCGUGGACAUCUUUGAGAUCCUGGACGCAUCUGGUACCAAGUAUCAAGUUUUGAACUUGGUGUGCCUCGGCACAUGUUUUCAGUUGGCCGAAAUUGUUCGAGAAGGUCCUGGAACCCCAACUAGCUCCAAAUGUUUGGAGGCUAUCCAGAGGCGAUGGAUCACUUGGGCUGGCCAUCCCAACUCCAUGAAGUGCGACCGCGGAUUGCGCAACCGCGGGAUCUUGGCUCAGUACAUGAGUGCCCAUGGAGUGCAGGUCACCCAUGCGCCUUUGGAGACUCCAGAAGCAAUUGGACGAGUUGAACGACAUGGAGGCGUUCUCAAAGCUAUGGUUCGGAAGACAGCUGCCCAAGUUCAAGCACAUGGUUGGCAACAGAUGCAGCAGGUACUCGAUGAGGCCUGUCUGGUGAAGAAUAGCCUACUCAGGCAGGGAGGCUACUCACCGGCCCAAUGGGUGCUUGGACGAGCACCACGCGAGCUACCAUCUAUCCUUAGUGAAGAUGGGCAUGCAGAUCUAGGAGCCAUUCAGGACUCCAUAGAUCCAGAAUCAGCCUUUGCACUUCAGCACCAAUGCAGAGCCGAAGCGAAGAAAGCAUUUGUGCAGCUCGACACGUCGAAGCGAGUGCAGAAGGCCUUGCUCCGCAGUGCAAAGCCAAUACCCGGCGAGUAUCGGGUUGGAGAUGUUGUGACCUUUAGACGCACAAAGGCCGGGAAGACGACCUGGUCUCCUGCAUCCCGAAUCAUUGGGUUCGAGGGACGCGAAAAGGAAGCAGUCUGGCUCCUUUGCGAGAACGUUCCUGUUCUAGCCUCAGCGCAGAACAUAAGACCCGCGUCGGAUGCAGAAGCACUGGCCUUUGACAUCCUCCACGGCAAGCAGGUUUUCCCAGAUGAGAUUCUAGGAGGACAGCAGAACUUCGACGAUGUUCGCGAACCUGGAGCGGAGGAUGAAGCCCCAAUAGAAGAGGAUGAGCAAGCGCUCAUUCCGCAGGCACCAGCUCAGGAGGAUCCAGGCGGACCUCCUCUACCCUCUAUCCUCGAAGAAGAGGAUGAGCCUACGAGAGAAAGGUCCAGAUCACCACCUGAGCGGCGCGUGCAUGCAGCUACUUCGUCGACUACCUCAACGUCAAGAAGGAGGCCUAGUGUUGCAGAACCAGAAGGAGAGCGAACUCCAGGUGGAAGCUGCAGGCCGUCAACCUACGACAUCCAGGACGACUUGCCAAUGCAGAUCCGGGAGAGACUGCAGAACGCACAGGAAUCCGGAGAUAGGAUUCGGGCCCUCUUAGCCGAACUCUAUGACUGCGGCAGUAGUGGUUCCGACUGGUAUGACAAGUCAAGAGCAGCCGUACCGCAUCUGAUGUUCACGGAUUGUAGAUCGUUAUCUGACAAUCUGAACAGUGAAGUGCCAUCAACAAAGGUUCAAGACAAGAGAUGGCAAAUUGAACUGAACGCUUUGCGUCAGGCACUGUUCGAUGAUGACGGAUCAAAGUUGAUUGACCGUUACCCUGAUGCGGCUGACAGGAUCACGUGGACCUCAACGGCCACAAUGAUCGCUGAUUGUCUCACCAAGUCAAUGAAGCCUGAUUUUCUCAUUGGAGUACUCAGGGACUGCGUGUACCAUAUCGAAAGGCAGUAG